AUUCCGGAGGAUGUUGUUGGGAAACCAGUAAUAGAGCCAGUAAUAGAGUAAUUGAUGGGGCCCAGUGAGGAACAGCAACCGUGCGUAGACCACUUUGGCGCAACGAGACAGCGCGAGGCAUCGAUGACGGGGACUGUAUCCGUUUAUUGACUUGCAUCACGUUCGCUUUUUAUGGCAGUCGCACAUCCAAAGCCAACGACGAGUAACCUGCCUUAGAAAUUCGGCGACGUGGAGCAACUGAUGGAGGUACAGUUCCGAAAGUAAUGAAGAUGAGACCAUCGCGAUUCGGUUUCAUAGUCGUAGUGAGAGGAAACUUAUGAGUCAUUGUGGGCAGACAGAUUGCUUCUGUCAAGGAUGAGCGCAUACCAGCUGCGCAUUUACCCAUUUACUGGAACAUGCCGCCACAAAUUCGGCGAGAAACUAGGGUGGCGAGCCUUCACAGCUCGCGGUGUAUCCAUUGCAACAAUAGAGUCGUCCGCAGCUUUCCUAGUGUAAUCAACUCGCAGCACUCGGCAUGUUGCUGCCUCAUCGUCUUGGGUUUCGUACGCCGAUAGGUGCCCGUCUGCUUGCACAGGCAUUGAAGGGGUUGUUGCAAACCUCGGAUUCUUUUUUAUUUUUCGAUCAGUUCUUUGGGCAAGGUGGUUGCACGCAAGCUCCAGGAACACGAUUACCCAUCUAGGGCAGAGCCUGUCUUGCGGCCGUUUCGAUUCGCCGAAGUGUUUCCAGAUGAUGGGUGCAGUUGCAAUGAAUUUGGUUGCUCCGAAUGAAGUGGUGUCGGAAUCGCGAGAUUGACGUUGGGUAGAGGGGUUGUGUCUGCAAAAUGUUAUCUACUAAGCAAGCAAUUGCUUCCCACGUUAAGUUUAGUUGACACCGUGAUUGAGAUCUGUAGUGAUAGCAGCCAAGUUCUCGGAUGUGCAUUCCAUGAGCGAAGUCCUUCAGAGAUGCUUGCUCUGUGCAUCGAGCAAGUUCAGAAUUCUAGACUUGGAACGACAACCUCAUGCUCGCACUCGUCUCCGUCUUGAGGUGAAUGUCGAAAGCAGAAUAUCACCAUGUUUUGUUACGCGCUAAAUCACCGAAGACGCCCUUUACGCGGUCGAUUGAGCAUUCCACUUUUGUGUCCGGUUCUGUUGUGUUCUCUUUCAUGCUCAGUAUGAGCGUGUCUGCCGAAUUUCCAGAGCCGGACGUUCACGGUUUCCGAGAUUACUUGGUCAUCAUAUCCAAUCUGUCGUGGUUUUGAGUGAUGCUUGGUGCAAUUCAAUGAGCACUGCAUGUAGGAAAUAGCGAUUUUAGAGCUUCAUGAAUGUCACUCUCAAGAUUAGACGUACGCGAGUACCACUCCAAUCGUUUGAAAGCCAAGGUCGAGCUGCAGCUAUCUAGGUUUUCUGUUGCGACAUUCCUCCAAGAGUGGAGGCUAUGGCGAGCGAGGAGAGGCUGUCGGGUAGUUAUGGCGAAAUGGAGGAGCAAAACGAGAGGCUGGAGUCUGAAAUCUUCAACAUCCCCGAUCCGUCAGUGAAAGGACGAGUGAAUGGGUUCUUGUUCUAUGGAGGAUCUGUCUACGAUGUCUGGUUUAGCGCUUGCUCUAAUCAGCGGAAAUCGCAGAUUGCCCAAGUGCUGUUGACAUUGCCGACGUCCUUCGCUCAACUGGGGUAUCCUUCAGGAGUGGCAUUGCAACUAUUCUACGGAAUCGUGGGAUGCUGGGCGACCUACAUGAUAACAUGGCUGUACAUGGAGUAUCGAUCACGGAUGGAGCGAGAGGGACACACUUUCAAGAUACAUAUCAUACAGUGGUUUGAAGUGCUGGACGGGUUGCUUGGGAGAAAAUGGAAAUUCCUGGGUCUGGGAUUCAAUUGCGUGUACCUCCUUUUCUCGGCCAUCACCCAGCUCAUCGCUUGCGGAAGCAACAUAUUUUUGUUGAACAAUGAUCUGAACAAGCGAGAGUGGACGUACAUUUUCGGUGCUUGUUGUUUGGUGACAAUUUUCAUACCUUCGUUUCGGAAUUACCGCCUGUGGUCAUUUUUUGGAGUGGUUACGAUUACAUAUACGUCCUGGUAUAUGACAGUCGCUGCCCUCUUUUAUGGUCAGGCGCCGGGAGCAACUCACGAUGGGCCCAAUUCAUUACUCCUAUACUUUACAGGGGCUACCAACAUUCUGUAUACAUUCGGAAGUCAUGCUGUCACAGUGGAAAUCAUGCAUGCCAUGUACAGACCCGUGAAAUUUAAGUACGUAUACUUGUUUGCAACGCUCUACAUCUUCACGCUGACCAUCCCCUCGUCUAUGGCGGUCUAUUGGGCAUUCGGAGAUUCUCUGCUAGUGAACGCAAAUGCGCUCGCGCUGCUGCCCAAGUCCGCUGCUCGAGACGUUGCCGUCCUUCUCAUGCUCAUUCAUCAGUUCAUAACGGUGGGAUUUGCGGUCACGCCGCUCUAUUUUGUGUGGGAGAAGAUCCUGGGUGUGCACCAGACCACGAACAUGCUCCUCCGAGCAACAUGUCGGGUGCCUGUUAUCUUACCGAUUUGGUUCUUCGCCAUCGCCUUCCCUUUCUUCGGUCUUAUAAAUUCAGUGGGAGGCUGCUUACUCGUCACGUUCACUGUGUAUAUAAUUCCCUGCCUUGCGCACAUAGUUUACUUCAGCAACUCGUCCCUCCGAGCGCCUAGCGUUGAGAAGCCACCGUUCUUUCUCCCCACCUGGACGGCUGUGUAUGUCGUUAAUAUCUUCGUGAUCGUGUGGAUUGUUGCGGUGGGCGUCGGCUUCGGUGGAUGGGCGAGUGUUUCCGUUUUCAUCAAACAGGUUCAAACAUUUGGAGUGUUUGCUAAGUGCUAUCAGUGUCCAGAGGCCAGUUAGCGUGGACGCAUCCAAGUGGUAAGAAAAAGAAUUGUCUCAUCGCUAGAUGUCCCGUAAGAUUUUCAAGAGCAUUAUCAGUCUAUUGCUGCAGCCCAAGCACUGGCAGAGUGCUAAAUUAGGUUAUUUUGCUCACUGAAUGCAGUGGUCAUCGUUUUUGAUACUUGCUCAACGCUGUGUAAGUUUCGACCCCUCGUGCUGUUGCACUAUGGCAUUCAGACCAUUCGAAAGCAUAUCGUAGGUAAUGGAAGCUCCGAUAUCAAGUGAAAUUCAUUAGAAUGAUCCUGUGGGAAAGGGUAGGUAUAGCAGUAUUCCAUUAUUUCAGAGCAAUGCAUAGCUUGCUCCUCAACAAAUAGGAGGAUUCAUUAUAGUGACCAGGUUUAGAAUGUGCAAUAGUAUCGCUAGUUCAGAACACCUUGCAGAGAAAAACAUCUUCAACAUUUGUAUCUAUUACCAACAUCCCACAAAUUAUACAUUCGUUUCUGUA